AUGGCAGGUUCAAAGAGUAGAACACGCAAGUUGGUGCAGGUUCCUCGCCAGAAGGGUUCGCUAUCUAAUUUCAACAAUCUGCCAGACAACCUCCUUAUUGAAAUCCUCAUUAGACUACCAAGCAGCAAACAAGCAAUUCGAUGCAAAUUGACAACGAGUGGAUUUAGGGUUUCUCCCGGGUCGACCCGAUCACUUUGCAUAGUAGCAUCCUGUGAUGACCUUAUUUUAUGCUCUGAUAGAAGUAAUUACUUCAUCUGUAAUAUCCUCACUAGGCAAUGGACUGUUCUUCCCCCUAAUUGCCCGCGAAAAUUGGGUAUUGGUUUCUUGAUUGAGCCUAAUUGUGUGGAUAAUGCUCGAUACCAGGUGUUACAAUAUUUUUAUAAUGAUAAUUCUGGGAUUUAUGGUGAGAUUUUUUCGUCUGAGCAAGGACAAUGGACCAGGUUUGUUGUUGCAUCUCCGCGCACUUUGAAUUACUUAGGGAGAAUUACUUCACUUAUUGCUUGUGGACGGAUGUUAUAUGGAUUGAAUUAUAAGAGUAACGUUCGAGCUGACUUUGUUCUGGCAUUUGAUCCAUUCACAAAUGAUCCUGCACAAAUUCUACACAUUAUUGAUUUACCACUUGAGGCUCGUGAUAUUCAUGGCUUGUUGUGUUCUAAAUUGGGAGUGUGUCAAGGUCGUCUACUGUUUGCUCAAGUAAUUGAUCAACCAAGCCGAUACCCUUGUAUAAGUGUAUGGGAGCUUGAGGAUUACACAAUGGGGAAAUGGACGUUGGUGCACAAGAGAAUCCCUACAAUCAAAGCGUCAAGAGUCCCAAAAUUACGUCGUGAUACCAAACAUUUGGUUUCUGUACUAGCUUUUCACCCAUAUAAUGAGGAUCUUGUAUGUCUUCGUGUAGGUAAUUAUCACGUUGUGAUGUACAAUAUACGAACAGAUAAAGUGGAAAGCUCUACUCAUACAUUGAAGCUGCCGGGUUUGCCACAAGUAAUAGGAACAAACAAUGAUGGGUUACUAAUGUUACCAAUUACCCAAAAAUGGUGGCCAACACCAGUAAGAAAAUCCCUUUAAUCUCAUAGCUUCCUAUCAGGAGUAAGUCGUGGUCACAUGGAUUAGAGUUGUUGAUCGUUCUUAUCGUUUUCUUAUGUUGUCCAUAUAUAGUUCAUUCAGGAUGUUUUAGCAUAUGAUAUAGUCUGAAAUCCAACAUGCUUAGUAGUAGUAAGCAAAGUCCUUUCUUUCAGGUUAUUGUGUUCAUAUUUUAACUCCACAGUUGCCCAGCUGUUCAAUAUUUUUACUGUCAAUAUAUAUUAUCAUCUUUAUCUUGAACCAAA